CAGCCCAGCGAGGUCUGGGCGGAAUCCUAAAGCAGGCCGGCCUGCAUCCAUUCAUGAAUCCGUGACGUCAAGAGCGUGCGGGGCUCCUCUGCGGUGGGCUGGACCAGUGCGGGGAUGCGAUGCCCCCCUUUUCCUUUCCUCCGGCAAAGCCUGUCUAUUCGCCUUCCAUCUUUUGCAAAACCAGAAAAUGGAGCAGCAUGUGUAGGAAUUCUCCACCGUUGUGCUGGAGCCCUUUCUCCCAACCGGACUGGGGCUUCGUGAUCCUCUGAACCUCGUCCUGGGGCCGCCCGCCACAUGCGCCCUCGCGGCCCGAUGGCAGGCCCUCAAGAGCCCCCGAGCUGGUCCUCCUCCCCCAACCUGAUCCCCGAGACUCCGAGCCACAGCGGGACCUUCCCCGGGGUCCACGACGACCCCCCUUCCGCGAAGACCCCAGAGGAGCCGCCAGAGAAGGGGCUGCCUCGGGGGGAACCGGCCGAGGCCUGGAGCAGCCCUGUCCCCGCCACGGUGUUGACCAGCGUGAGCGAAGACUCCAGGGACCAGUUUGAGAACAGCGUGCUGCAGUUGAGGGAGCAAGACGAGUCGGAGCCGGCCGGUUCUCCGGGGAACGACGGCGCGAUGGAUGGGGACGACACCGGAGGCCCAGAGGACAUCAAGAUCCAGUUCAGCCGGUCGGGAAGUGGCAGCGGCGGCUUUCUGGAAGGACUUUUUGGCUGCCUCAGGCCUGUCUGGAAUAUCAUAGGGAAGGCUUAUUCCACAGACUACAAACUGCAGCAGCAAGAUACGUGGGAGGUGCCGUUUGAGGAGAUCUCGGAGCUGCAGUGGCUGGGCAGUGGAGCCCAAGGGGCUGUCUUCCUGGGAAAGUUCCGAGCCGAAGAGGUGGCCAUCAAGAAAGUGAGAGAACAGAACGAGACGGACAUCAAACACUUGCGGAAGUUGAAGCAUCCGAACAUCAUCGCUUUCAAAGGGGUUUGCACCCAGGCCCCGUGUUACUGUAUCAUCAUGGAGUAUUGUGCCCACGGACAACUCUACGAGGUCCUGAGGGCGGGACGCAAAAUCACCCCCCGGCUCCUGGUGGACUGGUCCACGGGGAUCGCCAGUGGAAUGAAUUACCUGCACCUUCAUAAAAUCAUCCACCGGGAUCUCAAGUCACCCAACGUAUUAGUCACUCACACCGAUGCAGUCAAGAUUUCAGAUUUUGGCACUUCGAAAGAACUCAGCGAUAAAAGUACCAAAAUGUCCUUCGCUGGCACGGUGGCAUGGAUGGCACCAGAGGUGAUUCGCAACGAGCCCGUCUCGGAGAAAGUGGAUAUCUGGUCCUUCGGAGUGGUGCUGUGGGAACUCCUCACAGGAGAAAUUCCCUAUAAGGAUGUGGAUUCCUCAGCCAUCAUCUGGGGGGUGGGCAGCAACAGCCUACACCUUCCCGUCCCUUCGACUUGUCCUGACGGCUUCAAAAUCCUUAUGAAGCAGACGUGGCAGAGCAAGCCCCGUAAUCGACCUUCUUUCCGGCAGACACUCAUGCAUCUGGACAUCGCGUCGGCCGACGUGCUCGCCACGCCGCAGGAGACUUAUUUCAAAUCCCAGGCUGAAUGGAGAGAAGAAGUGAAAAAACACUUCGAGAAGAUUAAAAGCGAAGGGACCUGCAUACACCGGUUAGACGAAGAACUCAUCCGCCGACGAAGAGAAGAGCUCAGGCACGCUUUGGAUAUCCGGGAGCACUAUGAGAGAAAGCUGGAAAGAGCCAAUAACUUAUACAUGGAGCUGAGUGCCAUCAUGCUGCAGCUGGAAGUCCGCGAGAAGGAACUCAUUAAACGAGAACAAGCUGUGGAGAAGAAGUAUCCUGGAACCUACAAACGUCAUCCAGUCAGACCGAUCAUCCACCCCAAUGCAGUGGAGAAACUGAUGAAAAGGAAAGGAGUGGCCCAAAGGCCAGGAGUGCAAGCCAAACGGCCGGACCUACUGAGGUCCGAAGGCAUCCCCAGCGUGGAAACGGGUCCCCAGGGCUCCCCGGUGUCCGGGAGCCCCAAGACGUCGGCCGCGGGCGGGAAGGGCCGCCACCGCGGCAAGCCGCGCCACCGCCGAGGGAACAGCAAGGGCAGCCAUGGCGACUUUGCGGCCUUCUCGAAAGCUCAGCCAGGCCCGGAGGACUCGCCUCGGCCGGGCCCACACCAGCCCCCCGAGCCUCCCCUCGCCCCCUUCUCCUUCGGCUCCUACCCCCGGCUCGGCGGGCACGGGCGGGACAUCGCCAGCUGCGCCAACAACCUGAGGUACUUCGGGCCGGCGGCGGCCCUGCGCAGCCCGCUGAGCGACCACGCUCAGAGGCAGGUGGCGGGGUCCAGCCCCGACCUCAUCUCCACCGCCGUGGCGGCCGACGGCCGAAGGGCCGGGGCUCCUCGGGCCGGGGGCUGUUCGGACCCCUGCCUCAGGUGCCGGCCGGGGCCCGCGCCCGCCGGGCGGGAAGGGAGGCACGUGGCGGGCCUCAGCUCGCCCGCCGGCCCCGUGGACGACCGCCUCGACGGGCCGCCGGACGACGACGACGACGGCGGCGGCUGCGGGUCGGCCUCCUCCCUCGGCACACCCCAGCACAUGACGCCCCCCGUUCUACCUCGCAACGUCAGGCCCCUUCGCAAGAGCGGCGAUGAGUCCUCCGAAGAGGAAGAAGGAGAAGUGGACAGUGAAGUUGAAUUUCCUCGAAGACAAAGGCCCCACCGCUGUAUCAGCAGCCGGCAGUCCUACUCGACUUUCAGCUCCGAGAACUUCUCGGUGUCCGACGGAGAGGAAGGGAACACGAGCGACCAUUCCAACAGCCCGGACGAGUCGGCGGCCCGGCUGAAGGACCGGCUGGCCGAGCAGCUGGAGGACAUGCUCUCCCAGACCCCGGAGAUCCCCAUCGAGAUCUCCACCCAGUCCGACGGGCUGUCGGACAAGGAGUGCGCCGUCAGGCGCGUCAAGACGCAGAUGUCCCUGGGCAAGCUGUGCGCCGACGACCACGGCUACGAGAAUCCCGUGCAGUUUGAGGAAUCAGACUGCGACUCUUCGGAUGGAGAAUGCUCCGAUGCAACGGUCAGGACCAAUAAACACUGCAACUCAGCUACUUGGUAAUGAAGAAACGGGCCCAGCCUGAAGCAAGCUCUUACCGUACUCCAGGCAUUUCACUCUCCCUCACCCCCUCCCGCAACUCUUCCCCUCCUUCCGUGAUGCUUUCCCCCAAAGGAGAGCAGCCCCUUGCCCUCCCUAGAGACGAUCUGCAAUAACAGGGAUACAAGACUUCUCAAAUCUCCGGAAAAACGUCCAAAUGAAGUUAAUCCUCACUGAGCAUUUCAAUCAAGAAUGGCAGGGAUCUAUUUUAUGGAAUAUUCUAGCUACUGUAACACGGAUAUUUAUUUUUGUUUGACAUUUUAACACUUUGUACUGUAAAGAGUGGACUAUAUAUAUGGUGCGUAUAUAUAGGCACGAUACUUUGUUGCAAAAAAAUUCAGAAAGGAGUUGAAUUAAGGGGAUGAGCGGGAUCCAUUGGGGGACGGGGUUGGGGGAAUUCUUCACAUGCUGCAUGAAUCGGGCCCUUCGGGCCCCCGUGAACAAAAAAGAGUCGGAACAAAACGCAUAGAGCCGUCUUAAUGUGAGAGGUGGCUGAGAUUCCAGGAAACGUAGGAACAAAUCUCCGGAUCAUCUGGAUUUUCAGUUCUCAGAUGGCGGUCCCGUCCCGAGGAUGGUUUGUAGCCGAUGAUCACAUCCGGAGUCUUCC